GCGGGCGCCUGGCCCAGGACGCGGUGGCGCGGGGCGGGGGGUGGGGGUGGUUAUGUAAGCGUUGCGCGCUCCCGCGAGGCGCCAGCCAAUGGGAGGCCUCGGCUGCUCGUGCUCGCGCACGCAGGGUGGGGGGAGGGAGCGCACGACGUGCGCGCACCCUCUCCCCUCGUCCACCGCUGCCGCCUCCUUCUUCUGCCGCUCCUGGUGCUGCUUGUGUGCUCGUUUGGUGCGGACCUGGUACCUCUUUUGUGAAGCGGCAGCUGAGGAGACUCCGGCGCUCGCCAUGGCCGACGAAAAGCCCAAGGAAGGAGUCAAGACUGAGAACAACGAUCAUAUUAAUUUGAAGGUGGCGGGGCAGGAUGGUUCUGUGGUGCAGUUUAAGAUUAAGAGGCAUACACCACUUAGUAAACUAAUGAAAGCCUAUUGUGAACGACAGGGAUUGUCAAUGAGGCAGAUCAGAUUCCGAUUCGACGGGCAACCAAUCAAUGAAACAGACACACCUGCACAGUUGGAAAUGGAGGAUGAAGAUACAAUUGAUGUGUUCCAACAGCAGACGGGAGGUGUCUACUGAAAAGGGAACCUGCUUCUUUACUCCAGAACUCUGUUCUUUAAAGACCAAGAUUACAUUCUCAAUUAGAAAACUGCAAUUUGGUUCCACCACAUCCUGACUACUACCGUAUAGUUUUCUCUAUUCUUUCAUUUCCCCCUUCCCCAUUCCUUUAUUGUACAUAAAGUAACUGGUAUAUGUGCACAAGCAUAUUGCAUUUUUUUUUUUUUUUAACUAAACAGCCAAUGGUAUGUUUUGAUUGACAUCAAGUGGAGAUGGGAUGGGGAAAAAUACUGAUUCUGUGAAAAUACCCCCUUUCUCCAUUAGUGGCAUGCUCAUUCAGCUCUUACCUUUAUAUUCCAGUAAGUUAUUUUGCUCUCACUGUUUUAACAAAAAAAAAAAAAACAACAACAUAAAAAUCCUUGCAUACCUUGUUCAAUUGGAGAAUUUUAAUGUUUUUCAUUUAUCAUUGUAAAACCAAGGACAAUUUUAUAACUUUUUUGUACGUAGCUGUUACAUGUAGGGCAAUCUGUCUUUAAGUAGGGAUAAAUUACUCUAAAACAAAAAAGAAUCCUAGAUAGUUUUCCCUUCAAGUCAAGCGUCUUGUUGUUUAAAUAAACUUCUUGUUUAAAAUGA